AUGGUGGUUACUAGGUUUGUUCAGUAGCUGUUGAGCAAAUAGCAGGAAUUAAAAGUUUACUGAAUACUUUAUUUGGAUUUUAACUGGAUUUUAACGAAAGCUACUUCCACUCUCCCUCUUAUAAUUAACAAGCCAGCAAACUCAGGUUGUGGUGACAAAAAUAAUUGAAGAGAAUACAUUUCAUUUAAAAACUCACAGAGAGUAAAUCUACUACAAUAAUGUAACAUUUUUUUAAAUCACAGGCAUUUUAAUGCAUGCCUUCAGAAAUCAUCUAGAUUCCACAUACUCAAAUUCUCACUGGUCAUCAACCCUGCACCUUAGAAGCUACUGCCCUAUGUACAUAGACAUGGAAUCACUGGUCACUUUAACAGUGGAACACUGGCCACUUUAAUCAUGUUUACAUACUGUUUUACUAAUUUCAUAUGUAUAUACUGUAUUCUAGUCAAUGCCAUCCUAUUCAGCUAUUGCUGUAUAUAUACUAGUCUAUCCUACGUAUCCUACAGAUAGAUAUACUAAAUAUUCUAUCCACAUCCAUUAUGUCUAUACAUCCCAUCAUAUAUAUCUAUAUAUAUAUAUAUAUAUAUAUAUAUAUAUAUAUAUAUAUAUAUAUAUCUAAUAUUUUAUAUUUCUUAAUUCCAUUCUUUUACUUUUAGAUUUGUGUGAAUUAUUAGAUAUUACUGCACUGUUGGCGCUAGGAACACAAGCAUUUCGCUACACCCGCAAUAACAUCUGCUAAAUAUGUGUAUGCAACCAAUAAAAUGUGAUUUUAAUGUAACAUUUUAAAUUCCUCUUGAACAAAAAUACAUUAUAAUCACUGUCUGAGCUUCUUACAAAAAUACAGCACAAAAUAAGGUUUUAAAGAUACUCACAGGUAUAUAAAACAACGCAAGAUUAGAAGAAACAUAUAAGUCCAGAAGGUUCACAAAGCAUUGAGAUAGUUCCAAAAGCUGAAAACAGGCAGAUCUAUGUACAUAAGGACACAGAUACAGCCCUAAGGUAUUAGGUUUGAGUUUCUGUCUACUUGUUGAGUUAUUGCGCCAGGUUCAUGACUCACUAUUGCUCAUCGUACAGGGCAUGAAUUGAGCCCGCUAUUUCUCAAACCCUGACUUUCUCUCUUUGUUCUUGUCAGUUUGUUUUUAGUCAGUUGGAAAUUGAAUCUCUCAUUUGAUUUUGAAUAAAAAAAAUUGUCUUAGAGUUAAGUUAUUACUAGGAUUGUUGUACUAAUUAGCAUUUUAGAAGCAGUUUGGUUUCUAGGUGUGUAAAAGGUGUUUAGGAUUAAAGAAUGUGUAGGACGAAUGGGGGAGGGGACGAAACUUUUAUCCACUCAUCUUCCUCGGUUGAUCUUUAGAUCCAUCUUUGGAUCUGAUUUUGUGUGUUCUUUAUUGUGUCAGUUGAGCAUGAUCUCUAAGCUUUUCUUUGUGAUUUGCAGCCUUUUUUCUGUCCAUUCAUGAUGAGGAUAUCCGUAACUCUGUGUUUGGUUAAUGAUUAAAAGAAACGUAACUGUUGUAAACUCAUGCAAACGCUUGCUGUGACAACAGGCUGAGACAACUUGUUUUGUCACACAAUUAGAGGGAAGGUGUGUGUGUGCGUGCGUGUAUGUGAGAAAACACAUGGACAUGUGUGGGGAAUUACUGUAGUUUGAAAGAGAAAGUUAUCGGUCCUAUAAAGUCAACGGUAUAUGACCAUGCCCUGCCUUUGUGAACAUACGGUUUGCGCUUUGAGUUGUGUCUUGGAACAUGCCACCCCCACCCCACCAUUACAGAUGUAUAAAUCAGGAGUUGGAAUGCUUUUAACAAUGGUGGUAAAGGGAUAUAAUUGACAGUGUUGUGCCACUAAAGAGUAUAAGUGAAGGUCUUUAGUAUGUAUUUGUUCAGUGAUUAAUCACUAACUCCUGACUAGGGAUGGGCCAUUCUCUGUUCCACAGCAUUGUCUCUCUCUCUGUUAGUGUGCUUGUAGUUGGUUGCUGAAUCUUGUAAAGGGUUUUCCUAAUAUGGGCCGUCUUACUGAGCCUUCUCCUCCUAUGGCUGGUAGAGGGCAGGGCCUUCCCCCUCUCUCAGCCAGUGAUGACACAGGCACGACUCACUUCCUCAUUAAUUGGCUGAAACCAGUUCUUACAGGAACCGCCGGUGAUAAAUGUGAGAGUUCUGAGAAGUCAUUCAUUUCUCCUCGCUCGCUGCAGCCGAGAGGAGAGGAGCACUGCAGGGGAGUUGAACGGGUUCGCGGAUGUGUGGGUGCCGGAGCCGCAGUGUGUGUGUCUGUGGACUUAGAGGACAAGCCAAUUUUUUCCCCUUUUUAUUUUCUCUCUUUAAAAAAAAAAACCAAAAAACAAGCUGAAGAGUGUAGGAUAUGUAGCUCUCAGUACAUCCUGUACUUUUCAGUGUUUCAUUUUUUUUGGUUCUGAAUUCCUGUCUGUGGGGAUGAGCUGUUUGAAACCGCAGUCUCUCUCGCGCGCACACUCUGUGUGGAGGGAGGGAAGCAGGGAGAGAGGGAGGGAGGGGGAAGCAGCACUGUACAGGAGGCAGUACAGUAUGUCUCCCUUUGUUGCUGCCCUUGGUGGUGAGUAACAAUGAUGUGACGUGCUCUGUGUCCCCCCCUCCCUCCCCUCUCUCUCUCUUUUUUUCCCUCCUUCCCUCCCUCUCUUUUUCCUUCAAUCUGUUGGCUGUGUGGCAGUGCUGUCCCAGUGCUGGGCGCCUCUCUACAGAAGCCCUUCAGGGAGUACUUGGAGGCUCAGAGGGCCAAGAUGCACCACCGCACGGGAGAGGGGACCCCAGCUGUAAGUACCUCGUACUCUACUCUACCACCUCCCUCUAUUCACUACCUCUCUCAUGGAGGGGCCGUUUCUCUGAAGAAUGUAUUGCCCUCGCCGUCUUUCUUUCAUUCUCUCUCCACUUUUCUUUCCACUUUUCUAUCUUUUUCUCUCUCUCUCUCUUUCUCGCUCUCUCUUUGUCUCUCAUUAAUUUUCCAUUUCAAAUGUAUUUUUCACUUUCCUUUUAAUCCCUUUUUCUACUCUUUUUCACUCUUUCUUCACUUUUUUUUCUCUGAUUUUUAAUCCUUCCAUCUCUCACUGACUGUCUUUCUUCUACAGUAGUGGGAUGAAUAUCAACAGUGCAGAUGAUACCGUAGUCCAGCAGUAGUAAUGUAAUAGUACUGUACCGCAGGGCCUCGGGGCAGCGUUUAGGGUGACAGGGAGAGGGUUCGCUGGGUGCACGGCGGGCUGGGCAGGCUGAGGGGGGGGCUAAGAGGGGCUGGGGCUAAGGGAGAGGGGGCCAGUGUAGGGUCUGGCUGUAGCUCUGGUAGCAGUGUUACCGCUGUUAGCACUUAACAGUGUUAGCAGUAGGUAUGCUGAGUCAUGCUCAGUCUGAGUGGAUGGGAGUGUGUGAGUGGUCAGUCACUCCCCCGUGUCACAGAGUGCCCCGCCUGAACCCAUUGCUAGUGCUGACUGGGGACCAGGGACCGGGGCGGGGUUCCUCCUGCUCUGCCAAUAACAAUCCAUCCAAAAAAGCAGUCUGGGACAAAAAGAGCCAGUUAUAGCAGGAGCCAUAUCUCUUUGAAAGCUUUUUUUCCUUUUCAUUCUCUCUCUCCCUCCCUCUCUCUCUCUCUCUCCUCCUCUCUCUCUCUCAUCUCUCCUCUCUCUCUCUCUCUCUCUCUCUCUCUCUCUCUCUCUCUCUCUCUCUCUCUCUCUCUCUCUCUCUCUCUCUCUCUCUCUCUCUCUCUCUCUCUCUCUCUCUCUCUCUCUCUUGCUCGCUGUCUCCCUCUCUCUUUCUCUCUCCCGCUCCCUCUGUCAAAGUGAUUCAUUGAAAACGUUUUUAUAAAAAAGGAAUGGAGAGACUGAGUUGCACAACGAGAGAUUAAGGCUGUUUCUAGAACAAUGUUCCUUUUUUUCUUGUAACUUGAACCUCCUGCAGUUGCAGGAGAAAAGCGAGGCAAUUUAACUUUGAGGAGAGUGAGGCUGCCAGUUGGGGUUACCAGGGGCGAGGGAGGAGGUUGGCGGGUUCACUUUUUACUACCACUGAUCUCUAUCUCUCUGUCCUGCACACAUGGAUGGAUGUGAGAGUGGAUCCCAUCCCACACAGAUAGAACAUAGGUUCUACUCUAGCAUCAAGACUAGAGACAAGGGAGGUGGACUCCAUAGUAAUCAGGGUCUCGCCCUUCUAUUUCUGUUCCGUUCCUCGCAGAAUGAAAACUGGCUGUCGUGGGUCUUUGAGAAGGUGAUCGUGGUCAUGGUUUGUUUCUUUGUCUGCCCCAUUGUCAACUCCAUGGCCCAGAGCUAUGCCAAGCGCCAGCAGCAGCAGAAGUACUAUGAGGGCAAAACCAAGUGA